UCCUACAUGUUCGGCUACUUAGAAAGGGUCUCUUGUAUAAUAAUGUCACAAGAAACCAACACCAUUUUUUAGCAAACAUUGAAAGAUGGCACAAAUUGUUAAGCCACAUGAACCUAAGACACAGUCAUUUACCCUUUUGAGUGGUCAUACCGUACCUGCUGUUGGAUUAGGCACAUGGAAAUCUGGUUCACAAGCCACCAAUUCUGUCUUCACUGCCAUUGUUGAGGCUGGUUACAGACACAUAGACACGGCUUCACAGUAUGGAGUUCAAGAAGAAGUUGGACAUGCACUCCAAGCUGCCAUGCAAGCAGGAGUGGAAAGGAAGGAUCUAUUUGUCACCUCCAAGAUAUGGUGCACUGACUUGACCCCUGAAAGGGUUAGACCUGCUAUCAACAAUACCCUUCAAGAGCUCCAACUUGACUACAUUGAUCUUUACUUGAUUCAUUGGCCAUUUCGAUUGAAAGAUGGUGCCAGCAGACCCCCCAAAGCAGGAGAAGUGUUGGAUUUUGACAUGGAAGGAGUGUGGAGAGAAAUGGAGAAGCUUGUCAAGGAAAACCUUGUCAGAGACAUUGGAAUCUGUAAUUUCACUCUUACAAAGCUUGAUAAGCUGAUGAACCUAGCUCAAAUAAUGCCUUCUGUCUGCCAGAUGGAAAUGCAUCCUGGAUGGAGAAAUGAUAAGAUGCUUGAGGCUUGCAAGAAGAAUGCCAUCCAUGUUACUGCUUACUCUCCACUGGGGUCAUCAGCUGGUAGGGAUCUGAUCAAUGAUCAAAUGGUUGAUAGGAUAGCCAACAAGCUGCACAAGAACCCAGGGCAGGUGUUGGUGAAGUGGGCAAUCCAGAGAGGGACAAGUGUCAUCCCCAAAUCAACCAAGCCAGAUAGGAUCAUGGAGAAUGUCAGUGUUUUCAAUUGGGAACUUCCAGAAAGAGACUUCAAAGCCCUUAGCAACAUGUCCAAUCAGAGGAGAGUUCUGGAUGGUGAAGAUCUCUUUGUGAACAAGAGCGAUGGGCCAUUGAGGAGUGCAGCAGAUAUUUGGGACCAUGAAGAUUAGUCCACACUUACACCUAGCUAGCCACUUUGCUUAUCUCCUUUCUCAAGGCACUGUGUGGCAUUAGAUUUAAUGUACUAGUUGUUCUUAUAAAGGAUUCAGGUUGUUGACAAAGGUAUGAGGUGCAUGCACUCUAUGCAGAUUUCUUAUCCAUAAAACGCUAUAAUUACUUCACUAAUAGUUUACUUAAGAUUAGCUUCAACUAUGAUUCUGAUCUUACAAAUAAAGUUGGAAGUGGUGAGUGGUUUGGGAAACUUGAGUUGAGAAUUAUCUGAUGCCCCAUGAAAACUGUAUGCUUGUUGUGUGUGAAUUGUGAUCUAUUGGGAAAAUUUUGGCCUUUAUUGAAAUCACGAGUAAGUUGGAGAUUAGUAGCCCAAGAAA